UGUGAAAGUUCAAUUUAAAUAAACGGAAAAGACAUAUUUAAUGAGAAAAUAUUAACUAUUUUAGUUAUCAACAUGUUUUGGCUAGCUUUAUCAAUUUUGAUACUAACAGUACUCUUUUUUAAAGGCUUGAGGUUAUUAAACUAUAUUGAUCAUGUAGCUGGUAUUAUGGAAAUGAUACCCGGCCCAACGCCUUAUCCGUUUGUAGGAAAUAUAUUUCAGUUUGGCUUGAAACCAGAAGAAUACCCGAAAAAAAUCUUACAAUACUGCAGGAAAUAUGAAUUUCAAGGUUUCCGUUCUCUGGUAUUUUUCCAAUAUCACGUAAUGCUAAGUGAUCCGGCGGAAAUACAGAACAUGCUUUCCAGUUCUGCUCUUUUGUAUAAGGAACAUUUAUAUUCAUUCCUGCGUCCAUGGUUGGGUGACGGCUUACUAACUAGUUCCGGUGCUCGUUGGCUUAAGCAUCAGAAACUUUAUUUGCCUGCUUUUGAGAAGUCUUCCAUCGAAGGAUAUCUGCGUGUGGUAAACCAAACCGGCACAAAAUUUAUUGCAAAGCUGAUGGAAAAAGCUGAUGGAUCGGAAAUUUUGGAUGUGCAGCCAUUGGUACAAAAUUGUACAUUGGAUAUUGUGUGUGAGAAUGCCACUGGCGUAAAAAGUCAGUCGCUGGACGCAGUGACAACGGAAUUGCAUACCGCCAUAAAAGACCUUUGCGAUAUUAUUCAGGAGCGCACUUUUAGCAUUGUGAAGCGGUUCGAUACACUCUUCGUAUUAACUCCUUAUUACUGGAUUCAGAGAAGUGCCUUACGUGCUCUCAAAAAAUCAAUAAAAAAGAUAGUUGAAGAUCGCCGAGCCCAAUUACAAAAUGGAAAAAUCAAAUCUACAGAUAACAAACCAUUUGUUGACGUCUUAUUACAGGCAAAACUGGACGGUCGUACAUUGAAAAAUCACGAAAUAUUCGAAGAAAUUUCGACUUUUAUAUUUACAGGGCAUGACCCUACCGCAUCCGCUCUGUCCUUUACGCUGUAUACAUUGUCGCGACAUCCACAUGUACAACAAAAAGUUUACAAUGAACAAAAAAGUAUAUUUGCUCAAAUCGAAGAAGCAGAACUACGCAACGUGGAUGUUGGUACAGUACACUUGGAUGAGAUGCAGUACUUGGAAUUGGUAAUACGCGAAACUUUACGUCUCUAUCCUUCAGUGCCAUUAAUCGCACGCACAAAUCGUAAAUCAAUUGACAUAAAUGGCACAAAAAUAGCAAAGCGCACCACAGUUAUCAUGUGCCUCAUUGCCAUGGGCUACAAUGAGAAAUACUUUGAUAAUCCUUGCGAAUUUCGACCAGAACGUUUUGAAAGAAUUUCAACUGAUGAAGGUAUUGGAAUAGAAGCAUUCAAAUCUGUGCCUUUUAGUGCAGGACCACGGCGAUGUAUUGCUGAGAAAUAUGCCAUGCUAGAGCUGAAAUCGAUUCUUUCAAAGGUUGUGCGUAACUUCGAAAUUUUACCUGCCAAAGAUAACUUACCGCCUGGUAUAAAUGAUCACUCUAGAGAAGAUUGUGUACCACAGAGUGAAUUCGAUCCUAUACUAAACAUCAGAGUAACCCUUAAGUCCGAAAAUGGUAUACAAGUGCGACUGAGGAAACGAUCAAUAUAAUUAAAAAAAAAUAAAAAAUACAUUUUAUAAAUAUA